GUCAAACAUGUUUCGAGCUGGCCUUGCCCUUCGUCGUCUGCAAGCCUUUCGUAUUCCUUCCGCAUCCUACACCACUACAACAGAAUUACCAUCCAUCAAACGUACUGUCCGUGUCGACAACCUCCCAGAAGGAUACAAUGCUAACAGCAUCGUUGACACCAUCAACGCCAACCCGGCGGAGACAAUAAUACCCUCAGAAGACCACCUCCUUAUCCGAUUCUUCGACGAACGGACUGCGAAGCGCUGCGUAGAGGCGAACCAGAAGCAGAAAGACCUUUCGCUGAGCAUUGACGAUUCGACGUCGCCCCCGGUGACCUUCGAGACCAUCGCUAUGCUCGCAAAAUUCAAUGCGACACGCUCGAUAGAGCUACACGACGUACCAGAGAGCUUCACUGAAUCUCAGUUCAUCGAAAUCCUCUCCAAGUAUGAUGGAGCCCACUGCACGCAUUUUGACAGGUCAGGGGGCCUCAUCGGAGCACAGUUCCUGGACGUACAUCAUGCGUACAAGGCUCACGUCGACUUUGUCGAGGCAGGAGUGCACCCGGAGUUCGUGGACAGCGACAGCUCUAUAUAUCCAGAGUGGUACUCCAAGCAGGAUACAGAGCCAAACCUAAAACGCCGCGUCAGGAUGUCAGACUUUGCUAACAUUCAGGUAAAAUGGCAUUGCAUCAAUUGGAUGAACAAUUACAGAAAGGUGCCCUCUGCUGAAUACAUUGCCUCCCGGUAUGGCCGUGAUAAUGACCUACUCGUCUAUUUCCCCACAUCGGCCCAGGCCCGGGCUUUCAUCAGGGAAGUCGAGCCGUUGGUAAAAAAUAGAUGUCGUCUGACAUUGGAAUCCACCGAACGACCUGUCCCUAGCGGUGUAGUGACCGCCCUCGGCCUGGGUGCACGCCGGAUCGUCUCUCUUCCCUUCACUAAGGACGUCCUGCCAGACGUCCAGCGAAAGAAGCUUGUCACCUUCUUUCACAAGUUCGGCCAGCUGGACUCAAAGAAUGUAGCCCUCUCUGAAGGAUGCUUGAAGCUUCCGUUCGGUUCUGUUGUUGGUGCGACGAGCUUUGUCCAUGCGAUGUACAAGGGUUCGAGGACCCCGCCACCAGCUGAGAUUAAGGACGCUCGUCCCACCUUUUUUGUGGCUUGGCGUGAGCUGUGGUAGUUGUGCUUUGAAAUAUCAGACUAUUUCCUGGGCCUCAGUAGUCUUCUUUCAUCAAUGACAAAUAAAUUCAG